AUGUUCACAGUCACUGCACUGAUAUCAAUAACUACAACAGUAGCAUGUUUACAUUUGUAUGAGAGUGAUAUUGAUCUGAGCGAUAAACGGGAUCAUUAUGAUUGUUUAUAUUAUUUUACGGAUAAUUUACUUGAUCAAUACCAUUUAAUACCGUACUGUGUUCGUCCUAGUUCAAAUGAUGACAGAUUCGUUCCUACAAAUCAUCCAACUGAACCAAUUAUGUUUUUUCAGUUACGUCAGUCGAACGUCAAUAGCCGCGAUCUAUAUAAAUGGUCAGCGCCGAUCGAUCUAAUCGAACGAUAUCAAGAGUAUCUUGAAACUGAUGGUGUAACAAGAAGCGACAAUCAAUUGUUUUAUAAUUGUUCUAGUUUAUGGUUCGGUACUACGUGUCAAUAUACGCUCGAUUCAUUAGAAACGUUUGAAGAUAUCGUCCAAGAAAGAUUUCUGCUUAAAACCGAUGUACCAUUAAAAGAAGUUCUAGAAAUUACAAAUGGAACAUGUUAUACAAAUUUAAUUUGUGAAAGUGUCCAAUGCCUUGAUUGGCGAAACAUCUGUAAUGGAAAGACCGAUUGUGUCAACGGUGAAGAUGAACAACAUUGUUUUGAGCUUGAAAUUAAUAUCUGUGCCACAAAUGAAUAUCGAUGUCAAAAUGGCAUGUCUUGCAUUCCACAAGAUAUGUUUCAUGAUAUGUUUACUCCCGAUUGUCUAGAUGGUACAGAUGAAUAUUCAUCAAUAUCUUAUGCUAUUUGUUAUGAAGAACCAGAAAAUAAAUGUGAAGAACGGACAUGUCGAUAUCCAACAGAAUUUCCUUGUGGUGAUGGCGAAUGUCUGCAGACAUUAGUAUUCAAUACAACUUCAAGUACUGACAGUAGGACAUGUUCUAACGGUCGUGAUUUAGUAUUUAAACAAACCAUAUUAGCGUGGAGCGAUAAAAAUUUUGAUAGUUUAACCUAUGAUUGUUGGAAGUUCAUGAUAUGUGCACUUGAAUUGGGCAUUAUUUUUGAUUUGAACUGUCACUUUAUUUGUCGUUAUGACUGCGACGUGAAAGUUCUUCGAGAAUGUCCACGAAUAUUUAUUUUUCCAUUUCAUCCGAUACUAUUUAGUCAUGUUCGCUUCGUUUAUAUAUCAAAUAGAACUACCAGUUGGCUUGAUAAUAAAUCACCAGAUUAUAUUUGUUACGAUGAACGAUGGUGUAAAUCGUAUCCGAAAACAAUUGACAUCAAUAAUUUAGCAUGUCGACGAUACGACGAAUUUCCGCACUUGGGCGAUACACACGGCAGUUGGAAUAGUUUAUAUAACGAUCUUCAUAAUGUUUUUAAACCUUGUUCACAUCCUCGUUUAAUGAUUCCAUUUAAUGAUUCUAGUUGUCCUCAUUCAUCAUUAUUUCAUUGUCCAAAUUCAUCACAGUGUAUAUCGAAAUAUCGUUUGAACGAUCGAUCAGCUGAUUGUAUUCAUGGCACCGACGAGAAUUCUUCAAAUAUUUGUCAAUUAGCUUUACCAUAUCGUUUCAAAUGUAGAAAUACUCCUGAUGCUGACAAAUGUUUAUCACCAUUUCUUGUCCAAGACGGAAUUAUAGAUUGUUCAGAUAAAUCCGAUGAAAUUCUUGAUAUAGAUUGUCUGGUACCAGAACGAAAAUGUGCUAAUCAAUUUUCAUUUUCUCAUGAUCAACCGUAUGCAGUAUCAUUUCAACAGAUUUGUAAUGGUUUUGAAGAAUUGAUACCGUUCCAUAAUGAAACAGAUGAAACAAACUGUCCUUCAGAGUGGCCGUGUCGAACGCAAUGGACUGAAUGUAAUGAGUUUUGGAACUGCAAAAACGGUGAAGAUGAAAUCAACUGUCCCGAAACGUUUCAUUACGAUUCGUGUAACAUGAAUCAUCAACAUUAUUGUCCUAAACCAAAUCAGUACGAAUUUGAUUGUUUAUCAACAAGUUUAGCCGGUGACGGAAAUAUUGACUGCCUUGGCUCAACAGAUGAAAAAAACUUUUGUCGUUCCGAAUACCCGAAUGAACGUGAUCGACGUUAUCGUUGUAUGAAUUCCAGUAAAUGUGUAACACCAAAACAAUUGUGUAACUGUCAAUAUGACUGUCCACUGGAGGAUGAUGAAAAACUACUUUGUCCAUGGCUAAUCGAUUAUGCGUGUGAGGAGCGUCUUUUCACUUGUAAAGACGGUACAUAUAUUAGAAGCCAGUCUCGUUGUAAUAACAUUCAGAACUGUGAUGAGUAUGAAGACGAAAUGCUUUGCGAUUUAAAUGAGAUUGAUAAACCCAAGACAAAAUUCGGGUUCGAUGCAGCGACAUUUGUUUCAUAUCCUUCUACAAAUGGUACUACAGUAACAACGUCGUCGCCGGCAAAUACAUUUGUAUUACGAGAUGACUUUGACUACGGUGAUGCCGAUGAGCUGUGGUAUUGUAAUCGUGGAAUUCUAGUUCGAUCAUACAAUAAUACAAAAAUUUGUUUAUGUCCACCCGCGUAUUUCGGCAGUCGAUGCCAGUAUCAGAGUGAACGCAUAAGUGUUUUAUUGAAAAUUCAUCGACAGAUGUCAUCAUUCGAACAAAAUGUCGUUCAAACUUAUAAUUAUGCUUCUUGA